UGGCAUUCCGUUUAGUCGCGGCUGGGAAUUCUUAAAGCCGGUAAACAUUCGAUGGCGUUCAAUGGCAGUGACACAGACAUCGGUCUGCCCCCCAAUGCCAGUUAUACGUAUCGGUUUGUGGCGCCACCGGACGAGCGGACACGCACGUGGCCUUUGGUCGAAUCGCCUUGGAAUGUGGCCGCCGUGUUGGCCUCCUAUCUAUUAAUGGUACGAUUCGGGCCCAAAUGGGCAGCCAGAUACAAGCCGAUGCAGUUACGAGUGCCAUUGUUCCUGCACAGCCUGGCCAUGGCCCUGCUAAAUGCCCACAUUUUCCUAGAGCUCUUCACGGCAUCGCGGGCCCUGGGCUACAGCUACUCCUGUCAGCCGUGUCGGGUGAGCUAUAGCCCCCAUGAAAUGCGUAUUACCACGGCCAUGUGGUGGUUCUACAUCUCGAAAGUGUUUGAAUUCGCCGACACAGCCUUCUUCAUACUCCGUCACAAGUGGAGUCAGCUAAGUUUCCUGCAUGUCUACCACCAUAGCAGCAUGUUCUGCAUCACGUGGGCGGUGGUCAAAUGGAUGCCUUCGGGAUCAGCUUUUCUGCCGGCACUUAUUAACUGUUUCAUACACAUAAUUAUGUACGGAUAUUAUGCAGCAAGCACCUUGGGCCCUCGAGUCCAGCGGUUCUUAUGGUGGAAGCGAUAUCUGACCGGACUCCAGCUAAUCCAAUUUGGAUAUGGAGUAUUUUGGGGCACACAGGCGACGAUCCGAAAAUGCGACAUCAGCACUUGGGCGUUAGUCUCAGGAAGUCUCUACAUGCUACCGUUUAUUUAUCUCUUUGGGAAGUUCUACCUUCAAAGUUAUGGGUCUAAGCCGUCUUCCAAGAAAGCCAAGUAAUAAUAUAACAUAAAGUAAACACUUAUAUCUCCAACCUUUUCUACGAAAAUGCGGUUUAUUUAUAGCUUCAACGUUACACUUUUAGUGGUUAUAGCAUUAUAUAUAAAAGUAUUAUCAAUGGGCUUGUAUUGUUUGGUAAUCACCUUUAUCACUUCCUGGGCAGCACAGCCACCU